GAGGUAAAGCUUUCAGCAAAGAAGAAGAUAGGAUUAUAUGUUCUGCAUUUUUGAAUGUGAGCAAGGACCCUAUCACUGGAACAAACCAAUCUAGUGGAGGAUAUUACCAAAGGAUGCAUGACUACUUCGAUGACCACCUUGGAGCACCUUCCAGUAGAAGUGUCAAAGCCGUCCAGCAUCGUUGGUUGACUAUACAAAAGGCGGUUAACAAAUUCUGUGGACAUUAUUCAACAAUUGAAAGGUUGAAUGAGAGUGGAAAAAAUGAGCAGAACAUGAUUGAUGAUGCAGCUAAAUUGUAUGAGGACACAGAGUCAUGGACAUUUGAACACUGCUGGAACAUACUGCGGCAUGAACCGAAGUGGAAUGAUAAAAUGAUAGAAAUCGAAGCCCUUGGUACUGGUACACGAGUGAAUCAACGUGUGCCUGUUGAUGCCGCUGCUGAACCGAUGCCAGGUGAAAAUGCAGACAAUACGGCACGCCCCGAAGGUAGAGACAAUGGAAAGAAGCGUAAGGCAAGGGCAUGUGCUCAAGACUCCCAGUCCUCGGCUGCAAUUGAGGUCCUCUCUGCUAUGAAUGCACGAGGGCAAUUGAAGGAUGAUAAAGAAGACACACAAAUGGCUCAAAUUCUUGAGAGGAAGGAUGCUAAGAUUCAGCUGCAGCAAAAUUUGAUUGCAAUGCAGUGAGAGGACAUGGAGAAGAGGUAUGAGAUUGAGAAGGAAAAAUUGGUACUGAAUAGGGAGGACCUUGAGUUGCGUAAAGAGAACACAAAGGUUGAGAUGUUGAAAGCCGAAGCUCAUUUCAUGGGUCAGGACCUUGACAAGCUAGCACCACACUUGAGGGAAUACUACCUGACCAUCCAGUGUGAGAUUAUGGAGCGUCAUGGCAUUAGGUCUGCUCCUCCUGGUAGCACAUCUCAGUAGUCUUCCAGAGUCUAUUACUGAGAGUUUGUAUCCUGUUGUGUAAUACACCAUUAAGUAUGUUGUGCACUUGUUUUUCAUGAAUGGUCUGAACUUUACUA